CUGACAGCACCGUUCCUCACCUGCUCAUAACGUCACUAACAACAUGGCACCUGCUGGCGGGGGUGUCGUGUUGGCGGCUCUGUCGCUUCUGUACUUAUGUGGAGCUAUUUUAUCCAGCGAGUAUUUCUCCACUUUGACUGUUUUCAACAGCGACCUCCACAAGCACGGCUGCAGCUCUCCGGCCGAGUGGGAGGAGUAUGCGGCGGACUGCGAGUCCUCUAUCCUGCAGCUGGAGGAUCCGGACUGUGAAGAGGGGAGCAACCCGCCCUGCGAGUCCAUCUUUUCACUCAAUGCAGAAAAAAUACUUAAUCAGGCAAAGUUGUUUGUCGAAAAGCGUCGGUUUCCUUUCGCCGUGGAAAACCAGAAUACCAAUGAAGAGCUUGCCAUUGGCUAUGUUCUCAUUGGAAAUGGGCUCUAUGAUGAAGCUAUCAAGCACUUCUCCUUACUGCUACAGGGAGAUCCUGAGCUGGUCAGUGCCAUCUAUGGACGGGGAAUAGCUUACGGCAAAAAGAGCCUGCAGGACAUAAAGAACGCAGACUUGGCUCUGUAUGAGUUGAGCAGAGUGAUUGCACUGGAGCCCAACAGACCGGAAGUAUACGAGCAGAGGGCGGAAAUCCUGUCUCCUCUGGGCCGCAUCAGUGAAGCUCUGUCAGACCUGACUAAAGCCAUACAGCUGCAGCCUUCAGCCCGACUCUACAGACACCGAGGAACACUGCUCUUCAUAUCAGAGGAUUACAUGGCAGCCAUGGAGGAUUUCCAGCAGUCUCUAGAGCUGAAGAAGAACCAGCCCAUCGCGAUGCUCUACAAAGGGCUGACCUUCUUCCAUAGGGGCCUCCUUAAGGAGGCUAUAGAGGUGUUUAAAGAAGCUCUCAAAUUGAAGUCAGACUUCAUAGAUGCAUAUAAAAGCUUGGGUCAGGCUUACAGGGAGUUGGGUGAUUUUGAGAAUGCUAUGGAGAGCUUCCAGAAAGCUCUGUUACUGGAUCAGAACCACAUCCAGUCUCUCCAGCUCAGAGGAAUGAUGUUGUACCAUCACGGCAGCCUGCAGGAGGCCAUAGGCAACUUUAAGAGAUGUCUGCAGCUGGAGCCCUAUAAUGAAGUGUGUCAGUACAUGAAGGGGCUCAGUCACGUGACCAUGGGCCAGUUCUACGAGGGCAUUAAAGCUCAGACUAAAGUCAUGCUCAACGACCCUCUCUUGGGACAGAAAGCCAGCUCCGAGUAUCUCAAAGUCAAAUAUCUCCGAGAAUACUCCCGUUAUCUACACUCUCAUCUGGAUGUACCGGUUGCGGAGUAUAACGUUGAUCAGGAUUUGCCUGGAAACUUUAAGAACCACUGGGCAAAAAAUCUCCCCUUCCUCAUUGAGGACUAUGAAGAACAGCCUGGACUUCAGCCUCAUAUUAAAGAUGUUCUUCCUCAGAACUUUGACAGUUACUCUGCUGAAGUGCAGAAGCUGAUCUGUACAGCGGAUCACCUCGGUGCACUGAUGCAGUACGACACAUUAGGCUUCUUACCGAACCUCAGAAUACACCGAGCGAUGGGCUUGGCCACCAUAGAGGUGAUGCAGGCCAUGCAGCGCACCUGGAGUAACUCCAAGGUUCGAGUCAAUGGAAAGACCAGACAGCUGCAGUGGAGAGACAUGUUUGACAUCGCAGUGAAAUGGAGAAGGAUUGCAGAUCCAGACCAGCCUGUGCUGUGGUUGGAUCAGAUGCCUGCCAGGAGUCUUAGCAGAGGAUUUAACAACCACAUUAACCUCAUCAGAGGGCAGAUCAUUAAUAUCAGAUAUCUGGAGUAUUUCAGUAGUAUUCUCAGCUUCGUAAAGGAGAGAAUACUGGUUUAUCAUGGGGCGUAUAACCCACGCGGGCUUCAGGACGUUAAGCAGGCUCUGGAAAAUGUGAACAAAGUGGAGGAUCUGCUGCCCAUCAUGAAGCAGUUCAACAGUAAAACCAGAGACGGCUUCACAGUCAACUCUAAAGUGCCCAGUCUGAAGGAUCCUGGGAAAGAGUAUGACGGAUUCACCAUCACCAUCACCGGAGAUCGAGUGGGGAACAUGCUGUUUUCGGUAGAGACUCAGACCACAGAUGAGAGGACGCAGCAGUAUCAGUCAGAAAUUGAAGCGCUCUAUAAAGACCUCACUGCCAAAGGCAAAGCCUUAAUGCUCUCCACUGAACUCGGGGACGCAGAUGCAGUGUUAAAUUUAAUUCUUUCUCUGGUGUAUUACUUCUGUAAUCUCAUGCCACUGUCCAGAGGCUCCAGUGUCGUGGCGUAUUCGGUGCUCAUGGGAGCUCUGAUGGCCAGCGGGAAAGAGGUGCUCGGCAGAAUCCCAUCCGGAAAGCUGUUUGACUUUGAGGCCAUGACUACAGCCAGUCCUGAUCGCUUCAGUAAGACCGUCAAGAGUUGGAUGAACUUAAAGAGUUUGCCGAGUUGGCACCAGAACCUUCCACUGGUUUCGGAGACGUUCCAGUUAACGAGGACCAUGAUUGAAGUUCUCAACACAGACUCGUCUUCGCACUGUCCCAAGAAAUCCUGAACUCCAAAUACCAUCCAGUCAUUCAAAGGGCCGUCUCUACUCAGGGCAUCUGUGCUCACAGUCCUCACUUUUACAUAUCAAAUAUCAGUGCAAAUUCUCUUUGAUUUUAGAUUUUAUAUUUACACAGACAUGGAGAAAGGUGUGGACUAUUCAAAUUUAAAAUUGAACAUGCAUUUCUGUUGUCCUUUAUGUCAUUAAAGUUCAGCGAUUGCGAGCAUGAUCAGAGUUGAACUGAAGAAACUGUAGAAAAUGUAGCAGAAUAUAAUUGGAAAUGUUUAUUAAAUUAUGCUUUUCACUGUUUUUUUUUUGGUUUUAGAAUUGAAUUGGUGACUUGUUGCAGAGAUGCCCUUUAAAGAGUUUACGAAGCAAUAUUCUCCAGCUCUGAGUUUCUUUCUGAAUACUUGAACACAGUGGGGAAAUAUGUUUGCAGAUGUUUUUGUUUGUUUGAAAGACAGAAGUUCACUGUCCACACUGGCUUCUUCAUAUUUGGUUUGGUUGUCUCUAUUUAAAGGUUUGUCUGAAUAAUGUAUGAUUAGAUUCUGGAGAAGUUCAUGUGAUCUUAAACACUGGGAACAGUUGCGCCUUGAUCUAUAGUUGACUUAAAGCAACAAAAAAAAAAGACUUUCAUUUCCUCAAUCUUAUAAAUCUUUAAUUUUAUUUUAGCAACGUCUUAAAAGACCAUUUUAAGUAGAUUUUCUGUUUUUUUUAUGUCAUGGUUGGUGCAAAGACUUGUUUCCUUUAUUUUCCUGUGAAGAAUUUAAGAAAAACAGUGGCUUUGUUUUCCCCAUGAGGGGGCGUAAAGGUUCUUCAAAGCACAAAGAAAACUUAAAAAGUGGAAAAUCUGUGACUUAACUUGCUGAAACAGCCACAGUCAAUAAAAUUGAAUCAAAGCA